GUCCAGAAACGUGCUCAAAGUCCUCAUGGAAUAGCGACCGGCCCCCUUGAAACUCAUCAUGGUCGUAGAGAGGCGGCUGAGUAGCAUGACCGGCGUUUGCUUAUCGCGCGUUUCCUGAGUAUCUUCAGCAGUGACAGUGUCGAAGUGCCGAUCUCGUACCGGCCUGCAUAGGAAUCGCACCAGACUUCUUCUCGCGGCACCACCUAUGAGAACGAAAUACGGCAUGGCUAGGUCGGUAACGAAGUCGAAUGAUGCGAAGAUCAAGCUCCACAGAAGCUGAUAAGGAGAGGCAUGUCCAGGAAGGACGAGGAAUGGAUCUGACGCGAGGACAGCGUCGAUGUGCCCACCUGCGCGAAAGUAGAUAUAUUCCAUCUUGGCCUGGACGAGCGUUGGGAAGAGUGCGAAGCCGAACGCUACAAACGCGAUUGCUGGAGACGUUUGCAGGGCAGGGCCGUCCUUCAGAGAACGAACGAUGCCUGUAACUGAGAAGACACAGACCGAAUACGCAUGGAAACAUGCGAAUGUAUCCAUCGAUCGAGUCGCAUUUCUUACGGGUCGCAACAAGGGGCGACACCACGAGCAGCCAAGUGAAGAGGACGCGUGUCUUCUCGCGAUCUGUUGUUGCAGUCCGGGCAAGUGGCAGGAAGUAGAGGGGUACGGCAAACGAGAGACAGAUGACCACUACAAAUAUGCCCCAUGUCUUGAGAAUAUACGCCCGCUUCCUGAUGAUUAUCUUCGAGUUGAAAGCCACUUGGCGAAAGACCCUGACAGGACAGGCACAACGACAGAGAAUAUGUGCUUACUAUCACAAUUCUGUUCUCACAUGAGGGGUACGAGCACGGAAAUGGGGUAAUGCAUGAGCGGCGCAUAUUUGUGGCGUUUCCGCAGGACCUCGACGUUCCAUGAAGCCACGUAUGGGGCAAACACAAGAAGGAAGAUAUACCAGGUCGUCCUCAAGCGGCGGACAGCCCCAAUUCCGCUACCCUCAGCCACAAGUAGUAUCAUAGUCAUAUAGCAUAGAGCAACGAUGAUGCGACGAGUUACAUCAAGGACUAUCCCUGCUGCUCUCGCAGUCAUCUUCUCGCACGCCGACCAGUAUGCCAGCCACACCAGGGCCCCACAGACUGCAAAGCCGACGGCUGCAAUUAGGUGGAAUAAGAGUACCUGGAAAGUGACAGACCUGAAGGACUGCGACAUUGUGCGAAUGAUUACCUUUGUAACUCUUCUAACACUCGUCCAAAGCGGCUCAGGAGUAAAGACCGCACCAACAAAUGAGCCUCCUUCAUAUUGCAAGUCAGUCUGGAACUCCUGAAACGAGGCUGCAUGUCCCGCGCAUGCUCGGAAUUCAUUCACUUUUUCUUCGAGCUCCACCUCCUCUUUGCGCAGCGCUCUCCUGCCUUCUUCUCCGUCCUCAUGAUAGACAGCCCCCUCUUCUGAGUAGGUUUCUGUAGGCAGGCCGCAGGUCACGUCGUUGGUCCCAGUGGCGCCUGUGCUCUCUGGGUCAAUGACAUGCGCCUCGCCGCUGAGAAUAUCUGCUGGUUCAUCGCUGACUUUCAUGACGUGUUCAACGUCGUGUUGCGGUUGAGCGGCGGUGAGCUCCGUGGUCC